CUUAAGACCUGCUCGCGGAUUUGAAAGAAAGAGACUUUCUGUACCGGAUUUAUUUUGGUACAAAAUGCCUCCGACUCUUUUUCACAAACUUUUCAACAAACGAAACGCAUUUUCGCCGCCCCCAAGAUGUAGCAAAGAGGACCCCGCUUUCAGCUGGCCCACCCCCCAGCUAGAGCCCAGUCAGAUCCGGCUGAUAGUGUACCAGGACUGUGAGCAGCGUGGUAGGAAUGUUCUCUUCGACUCAAAUGCCAAGAAAAGGGGUGCAGAGGAGACCCCCAUCACAAGAAUGUGUGGCGAGGGCCAGGCGAAAAUGUUCGGGAAGUGCUGUCAACUCCGUCCUACAGGGGGCAGCAGCAGCUCCCUGGACAGUUCGUCUUCCUGUGCCUCUGAGAGCCGAGACACAAGAGAGCAGGGCCUCCGCUUCCAGGGCUCAAGGUGUUCAUCCGAUGUGGUCAUGCUUGGGGAGAUGAUGUUUGGCUCUGUGGCCAUGAGCUACAAAGGCUCCACUCUCAAGAUCCACCACAUUAGGUCUCCGUCUCAGCUGAUGCUGAGUAAGGUCUUCACAGCCAGGACAGGUGGUAGCGUAUAUGGCAGCUUAAACACGUUACAGGACAGCCUUGAGUUUAUCGGACAGGACUCCAACACUCUCAAGCCCGACCAGAACACCGGGGCCAAUGGUCUCCUCGGAAACAUAGGUCACAGUAACCCUAUGGACAUGCCGGGCAGAAGGCUGUACGAUGAGAGGGACAGUGGCAUUGCCAGGUCAGCCUCCCUGAGCAGUCUGCUGAUCACUCCUUUUCCCUCUCCUGGCUCUUCGCUGACCAGCAGCUGUGCGUCCAGCUACCAGCGUCGCUGGCUCCGCAGUCAGACCACCAGCCUGGAGAAUGGGGUCUUCCCCCGAUGGUCAGUGGAGGAGAGCUUCAACAUGUCUGAUGAGAGCGGAGGUCCCAGUCUGGGUGUGGCCCGGAAGAAGAAGAUAGCCAUCGGGGUCAUCUUCCUUCUGUCCUCUGACCCGGAGGAAAACGACCGCUUCCAGGACUUCUUCUUCUCCCACUUCCCCCUCUUUGAAAGCCACAUGAACAAACUCAAGAGUGCUAUCGAACAGGCUAUGAAGAUGAGUCGUCGGUCAGCUGAUGCCAGUCAGAGGGCCUUGGCUUACAGUCGAAUGGUGGAUGGACUCAAUGAGUUCAGGACAACCAUCUGUGACCUGUACACCAUGCCCCGGGUGGCUGAGCCUGUCUGGUUGACCAUGAUGUCUGGAGCUCCUGAGAAGAAUCAGCUCUGCGGUCUCUUCAUGAGGGAGCUCUCCCUGCUGAUGGAGCAGGCCUCCAAGAACCAAUUCCUCCCUGCAUUACUGACAGCCGUCCUGACCAAUCAUCUGGCCUGGGUGCCCACCGUCAUGCCCAAUGGGCAGCCUCCAAUCAAGAUUUUCCUGGAGAAGCACUCUUCCCAAAGUGUUGACAUGCUGGCCAAGACUCACCCGUACAACCCACUCUGGGCACAGCUCGGUGACCUGUAUGGUGCUAUUGGCUCACCGGUGCGUCUGUCCCGGACGGUGGUAGUGGGCCGGCGACAGGAGCUGGUCCAGAGGCUCCUUUAUGUCCUCACCUACUUCAUCCGCUGCUCAGAGCUCCUAGAGACCCACAUGCUGGACAGCGCCGAGGACGAGGCAAUUGUCAUGCCGGGCUCUCUCAUCACCACCUCCCUGAGGCGAGGCGAGGUGGAGGAGUCAGAGUACGUCUUGGUCACAGUCCACAAACCUAGCGGUGACUACCUGACCCAGGGGGCCCAACGCCAGCAGGCCGAGGAUAGCAGCUGCCCCUCUGACAACAGCCUCCAGAGCAGCACCUACACAGACAUGGAGGCGGAGGAGCCCAACUCCAGGGACCUGCCCAUGGAGGAGGAUGAGGACGAGGAGGAAGACGAGGACAGCAGUGAAAGCCAGGGGUCACGGAGCAGCGUGCUGCAGGCCGGUAAUGCUGAGAGCCGAGACCCGAUGACCGGCACAGUUUCCCCUGUCAACAAGGCUGAGGAGGAGGCGGAGCCCUGCGUACCGCGUCGGGCCUCGAUCAGCCCGGUAUUCCCGGAGGCCAGGCUAGAGACAGUGGUGUGCGUGGGCUCUGCCUCACCCAGGGAUCAGGUCUGCGGGCUGGAUGCAAAGACCCAGAUCAGCCCGGAACUUGCGGUUCCAGCCAAUUCCACAAGCCAAGCCUCUCCCCAGGCUACCAUCUGCCCAGAGAGGAGGGAAGCUGAGGGGGGGUUGGAGAGAGGGGGAGGCUUGGCGACUGGGAGCCAGCCGAUCAAAAUGCCCAGGCCCCGUUGCUCGGGAUUGCCGCUUGAGAAAAAGCCCCCGGAUAAGAACCUCCCCACUGCAAUGCCGGUACCAGGGCUGCAGGGAACCAUGUCAAUGGCGCCCAUGGUGCUGACAUUGGCAGAGGAAGAGGAACCAGCCACUAAAGUCACCUUCCUCAUAGGGGACUCCAUGUCCCCUGAGUCGGACACAGAGAGCCGCAGGAGGAAAGUGGAGGAGGAGAUAAAGAAAUACAAACAUCUCAAGGAUAAACAACAACUCUUGGUGCACCAACAACAGGACAGACAGCAGAAAGAGCAUGCACAGCAGCACAUUGGAGCAGACUCUCAGACAGGUGACAGCAGUGCACCACUACCACUUUUGGACCAAACACAACGGACCAAGGAGUCUCCGGCUCUGCUACGUGUCUCCAGUAAAAUGCCCCAGUGGAGCCCAGAAUGUAUGGAUUAUAAUGAGUUCGACGAGUACUUCAGUCAGGAGGACCCCGUGGAGACCAAGACUAUAGACGAUGUGGCUGCACGACUGACACAGGCACCCAGCCUCAGGGACAAAACCUCUCCUGAGCUACUGGACCCCUCGGGAGCCCCCCGGUCCUGUGGCUCAGUGUGCCGUGGCUCCCAGGGGGCAGUUUUGGGCCUGUGUCCGAGCUCUGCUCAUGGGGAGACCAGUAGGGCGAUAGACGGUAAAGGGUACACUGUGACAGCCAGCUGUCCUGUUGGGCAAGAUGGGGCCAUUGUGGUUUCGGGCCCUGUUGUGCAGGAAGGUGGCAGCAGUGGAGGGGACCAAAAGAAAGCGGAGCCAGUCAACGACUGGGACAUCCCACGCAAUGAGAGCUCCGACAGUGCGCUGGGGGACAGCGAGAGCGAGGAGACGGAGGACUGGCAGGAGGAAGUGAUGGUUCCCUUCCCUGGGGCCAAGCUGGUGGAGAACUACUCCAAGCCAAGCAUCGCCAACUUUGGCAGGUCUCUGUUUGGGGGUUACUGCCACACCUACGUACCAGACUUUGUCCUGCAUGGGAUGCCCAGCGAUGACAAGCUACGGCAGGGCCUCAUGGCUGAGCUGGCUCAUGCUGUACAGCAUCCAGUGUUGGAUGAGCCCAUAGCAGAGGCCGUUUGCAUUAUAGCGGACACUGACAAGUGGACAGUGCAGGUGGCUAGCAGCCAGAGAAGGGCCACAGACAUCAACAAGCUGGGGAAGGAAGUGUUGGUGUCCAGCCUGGUAUCCAACCUGCUGCACUCCACUCAUCAGCUCUACAAACUCAACCUCUCGCCCAACUUUUGUAUAAUGCACCUUGAGGACCGCUUGCAAGAGAUCUACUUUAAGAGUAAGAUGUUGGCUGAAUAUCUGAAGGGCCAAACCAGAGUCCAUGUCAAAGAGCUCGGCAUGGUCCUAGGCAUUGAGUCCAGUGACCUUCCCCUGUUGGCAGCAGUGGCCAGCACUCACUCUCCCUAUGUGGCCCAGAUCCUACUCUAAAAUUGCAAUAGUAGCAAGGUCCCAACUGGCUCGACUGAUAAAAAAAAAAAGAAAAAAGAAAAAAAAAGAAGCAAGUCAGUCCUCAGCGGUGCAGCUCUGGCCACUGGAAUGGCCGUCCAGGCUCCAAACUUGGCUCAAGAUUGGUUCCUCAAAUGCUCCGAGGCCAGGAAGGCCCUCACAGAAGGCUUGUGCAGAGCACAUCUUCUCGGAUCAGCGCCACAGCCAACCAAGGACUCCCUUCAAAUGGGAGCUGAUGGCUGCUGCUGUAGCUGAAAGUGGUGCAAUAGCAAUGUUAUACCACUAGGGGUAGUCAGAGACUACAGUCUUAUUAAUGGAGCAAGGCUCUGUUGAUGACGGCAACAUCCCGAAAGUGACUUUCACCCGUUUUUUGAAUCAGGACCUUUGUUGGACACAGAAGCCAAAGACUUUAUUCUUUAUUUCCAAUAAACAUUGAAAAAUCAAGACAUCUAUGAAGAAAAUGGAUGUCAUUUCUUUUACUUCUUCUGUACAAUCUUAAAACCCAGUAAUAGGAGGCUAUGGACUACCUAUAUAUAAGGGAAUCAGAUGGAUAUUUUUAUUUUAGUUUACUUUAUGGUAAAUAUCAUUAAGUACAUCAUCAAUCUCAUUUAAACCAAUUAUGUUUCAUGUUGUGUUUCUUCAUGUAUUUGUUUACAUUUGGAGGUUUCCUAACUUCUUUUUUUUUUCAACUACAACACACACCUCCACAAAUUUAGAUUUUUUUUUUUAAAACAUCUUUUCGGGCCACACAGGGGUAAAAGGAUUUUUUUUCUCUCCUUUCUUUUAAGUUGUCUGAACUGGUUUUGAUGUGGCUUAGUGUAGCUUUGACAUUCUCAUCCAAGGCACAGCACUACCUCAGAUCUUAACAUGGGCAACAGACAUUGGGUGCAUGUACGACUGUCCGACAGAGAUGGAGGUCGACUGUCCUGAGGUGGACUUUCUAUGCUAUGUUAAUCAGAGGAACGUUGCCGUGAACUGUGUGUGACAACACUAUGCUGUGCCCUCAAUGAACAAGAAAAGGCAGUUUUAUACACAAAGGUGACAAAGAAAGGCAAGAAGUCUACAUAUUUUUGCUUCAGAAAAUGAAUUAUUUAGGGCCCCUUUAUACUGUCUGUGUGUAUGGGGGGGUAAGGCAAAGGCUGAAACAUGUCACAUAUAUCUUCAAGCUAAAAAUGCUGAAAUAUUUUCACACUUUUCUAUCGUUUCGCUCCCUUCGUUCGAUGUUUACGGCCAUGAGGCUUGCUUCAGUGACAAAUAUAGGGAGGAGUGGGGGGGUUUUGUAGUCUGGUUUAAAUGUGUACACUGUUGUAGACUUUCACGUUUGGAUGACAUUUUCAUUCACGGAUAUUUUAAAAUACGUAGCAUACAACUGCACCAGUAAAUAUAUUUUAUUAUCUCUUCUUUUAAAUGUUUUAACCUGCAUAACUUUCAUGUAUGUGUGAAAGUGUGUGAUUUCAGAGGUUAUGUCACAGCCGGGGUGCGAUAUACUGGGAAUGGGGAUUACCGGUUCUGGGUUGGUUGCAAAUUCUCGCCAGUUUGAUCUCUGUAUUUAAGUUAUUGUUUGAAAGCCAGUGACACAGGGGGGUUAAGGCUGCUCUGAAUGUGUUGGGUGUUUUUUGUAGUGCUAAAGAAGCCGAUGAACGGCAGAGAGGAGCUCAUCACAUCAUGUUGGUAGUGUUUUGCAUCAAACACUGUCAACUAGAGACAGGAAGUGAAGGAUUCAAAUGUAUUCAUAGCUCUAUAGCACCUUCCAAUUCCUACUGUGCUGGCAAAUUAGCCCCCAAACAACCAAAACCCGGUUACUUUUUAUUUUCUAUUUGCAAACAGCUGCCAGAUAUAUCUGAUUUAACCUCCAAGUCCAUUGUGUGUGUGUGUGUGUGUGUGUGUGUGUGUGUGUGUGUGUGUGUGUGUGUGUGUGUGUGUGUGUAUGCGUGCGUGCGUGCGUGUGUGCGUGCGUGCACGCGUGUGUGUGUGUGUGUGGGGGGGGGGUUGUCAUAAGGUGGUGGUUGUUGCUUUCAUAGCAUGCCAACUCUCCUGACACUCCCCAAAUUACUACAAUACUAAUAUGACAUUCUGUUGGGUUAAAAUGGGGCAGACUAUACUCAUGCUCUGCGUCUUGAUCUCCUGAGCUUUUUUUUUUAAUAUACUUACGUUAUAGAUUACUAUACUGUUGCCUAUGGCAUUAAAUACAGUAUGUUUUAACUAUUUGCUACCAUAUGGAUAGCUUUUAAUGCAAAGCAAAUGCAGCAUAGAAUGCUAUUUUUUUCCCCCAACAGCAAGGCAUUAGGUCUCCUCUUCAAUACACCCGCGCAAAGAAUAACCAGACCCCUUUCUUUGAAAUCGCACCCUUAAUAUAACCCAAGUCUUAAUGGACAUGUGGCAUGAAUGCAACUGGCUCCUGGAGAAUUUAUUUUGCAUAUAUCCUUCUGUAUCCACAUGUUGUAUGGAAGAUGCUCUACGCCUGCAGGAUCUGUGCUAUAUCAGCCUACGUUUUGUACGACCCCACAAUGACUUUGAGAUGGUAUAAUGAAUUUAUAUUGGCUACUCCUCCUUUGUAUAUGAGUAAAUUAUUUAGAGGGCCAUAGUGCAUCUAUCAGUCCAUGUAAAUUGUACAUAUUCGAUUUAUUUCCAUUUAUUUGUACAGAAUGUCUCUUAAGAAUUGUUUCCUCUCAAAUUUAUCCUUUUCCCAAUUUUAUGGGAAUGUUGUGCAAUAAAGAUGCUGAUGAUGGG